AUGUCUAAUGAUGGUUUCGACCGCAUUAACCCACCGUCGUCCGCCAGAACUGUUAGGGAUACGACACUGCAGUUGCAAAAUGAGGCGCCGACGAGCGAGAUCAAUAACGAGUAUUAUGCGCAGAAUAUGGACGGGAAGGUAGCGAUGUUACCUCGUGCAUAG